CGGCGCUGACGAUAUUCUUCAAAAUGGCGGCUAUUGACCGAGUUGUUAAUGAUUAUAAAUUUGUCAGUUUUGCAUAAUUUUUUUCCAUCUGUUUAAUUGUGUUUAAUUUCGAAUACAUUAUUGAGCCAGGACUUCGGAUUAAAGAAGAAUAUAUAUUAGAUUUCAAUUAAGGUUUAUCACUACAGUCCACAAUGGAUUCCAUUCCACGGACACACGAAGACAUUGAAGCACAAAUUCGUGAAUUCCAGUCUAGAAAGAAGGAAAUUGUCAAUCAGAGAGAUCAUGAAAAUGACAAUGCAAUGGCAGGCGAAAAUGACCAAGUCGGUUUGGGAACGACUGGAUUUUAUGAUACAGAUAUUUAUGACAGAUCCAAUAGAUUCGAUAACAUGAAAUAUUCAACGACAGUUGUCGAAGAUGAAAUGGAGGAUGAUGAUUACGACUCAUCUACGUUCAGCAAAAACAGACCUGGUUACACGGCUCCUGCUUCGGUACUCAAUGAUGUUUCUCGAAGCCAAAAAGAUUACGAUCCAUUUGCGGACAGACGAACGGCGAAAAUAAUUGAGAGAGAAGACGAUUACAGACAGAAGAGACGUCUUAUGAAAAUAUCACCAGAACGAGUUGAUCCUUUUGCCGAAGGUGGCAAAACUCCCGAUGUCGGCUCCAGGACUUACACCGAGAUUAUGAGAGAACAGCAAUUGAAAGGAGAAGAAACAGAGAUAAGAAGAAAGUUGGUAGAAAAAGCUCGAGAUGGUACUUUAAAAUCAAAUGGAGAAACAAAAGUGGCGCCGAAAAAACGCGGCCGAUGGGAUCAGACCGAUGACGCUCCGACGCCAAAAAAAUCGACCAGCGCCGCUGCAACUCCAACUUCUUGGGAUAAUGCAGACGCAACACCAGCGACGAUUAGAUGGGACGAGACACCGGGACAUGGAAAAGGCGGCGAAACUCCUGGUGCGACGCCUGGUGUCAGUACAAGAAUGUGGGACGCAACUCCUGGACACGCGACUCCUGGCGCUGCAACACCUGGAAGGGAAACUCCGUCUCACGAGAAAUUAUCCAGUCGAAGAAAUCGUUGGGAUGAAACACCAAAAACCGAGAGGGAGACGCCAGGUCAUGGAAGCGGUUGGGCCGAAACCCCCAGAACGGACCGAGUAGCCGGUGAUUUAAUCCAAGAAACGCCAACACCAUCGGCGAGUAAGCGACGCAGCAGAUGGGAUGAAACUCCAUCGAAUCAAACUCCAGGUUCAAUGACACCGCAAACACCGGCCACACCUCUGGCAACGCCACAUCAGUCGUCAAUCCUAACUCCCUCCGGAGUCACUCCGACCGGUCCAAAAGCAAUGGGAAUGGCCACACCGACACCCGGUCACCUAAUGUCCAUGACACCGGAACAAUUGCAGGCAUAUCGCUGGGAACGAGAAAUCGACGAGCGCAACAAACCGCUGACGGACGAUGAACUUGACGCCAUGUUCCCCCCGGGCUAUAAAGUGCUGCAAGUGCCUGCUGGUUAUAUUCCAAUUCGCACACCGGCGAGGAAGUUGACCGCAACUCCAACGCCAAUUGCUGGCACUCCGCAGGGUUUCUUCAUGCAGACGGAGGACAGAAAUGCCAAGUACAUGGACAAUCAACCGAAAGGGAAUUUACCGUUUAUGAAACCAGAAGAUGCUCAGUAUUUUGAUAAAUUGUUGGUGGACGUCGAUGAGGAGACAUUGAGUCCAGAGGAUCAGAAGGAGCGGAAAAUAAUGAAAUUGUUGUUGAAAAUCAAAAAUGGCACACCACCAAUGCGAAAAGCUGCUCUUCGGCAAAUUACAGAUAAGGCCAGGGAGUUUGGCGCUGGUCCACUAUUCAAUCAAAUUUUACCUCUUCUCAUGUCGCCUACUCUCGAGGAUCAGGAGAGACAUCUUCUUGUUAAAGUCAUUGACAGAAUUCUCUAUAAACUGGACGAUUUGGUCAGACCUUACGUUCACAAAAUUCUGGUCGUCAUUGAACCGCUCCUAAUCGACGAGGACUACUACGCUCGCGUUGAAGGCAGAGAAAUUAUUUCGAAUUUAGCGAAAGCCGCCGGUUUGGCGACAAUGAUUUCGACAAUGAGACCCGAUAUUGACAAUAUUGAUGAAUACGUGCGGAAUACAACGGCGAGAGCCUUCGCCGUCGUCGCAUCGGCCCUGGGAAUACCGUCGCUAUUGCCAUUCUUGAAGGCCGUUUGUCGCAGUAAGAAAUCGUGGCAAGCACGUCACACGGGUAUCAAGAUUGUUCAGCAGAUUGCCAUUUUAAUGGGCUGCGCUAUUCUACCGCAUUUGAAGAGUUUGGUGGAAAUUAUUGAGCACGGUUUAGUUGACGAACAACAGAAAGUUCGCACCAUCACGGCUCUGGCUAUUGCUGCAUUGGCGGAAGCUGCGACACCCUACGGUAUCGAGAGCUUUGACUCGGUUCUCAAACCACUGUGGAAAGGUAUUCGAACACAUCGUGGAAAAGGUCUCGCCGCCUUUUUAAAGGCCAUUGGUUAUCUCAUUCCACUUAUGGACGCUGAAUACGCUAAUUAUUAUACCCGUGAAGUAAUGUUGAUUCUCAUUCGUGAAUUCCAGUCGCCCGAUGAGGAAAUGAAGAAAAUUGUCCUCAAGGUAGUUAAGCAGUGUUGCGGAACCGAUGGUGUGGAAGCUCAAUACAUAAAAGAUGAAAUUCUUCCACAUUUCUUCAAGAAUUUCUGGAAUCACAGAAUGGCACUCGAUAGAAGAAACUACAGACAGCUGGUCGAUACAACAGUUGAAAUUGCCAAUAAAGUUGGAGCGCAAGAAAUUAUUAAUCGAGUCGUGGACGAUUUGAAAGAUGAAAAUGAACAGUAUCGAAAAAUGGUUAUGGAGACAAUUGAAAAAAUUAUGGGCAAUUUAGGUGCUACUGAUGUUGACGAUCGUCUUGAGGAGCAACUUAUUGAUGGUAUUUUAUACGCUUUCCAGGAACAAACUACCGAGGAUGUAGUUAUGCUUAAUGGAUUCGGCACUAUAGUGAAUACAUUGAACACAAGAGUGAAGGCCUAUCUUCCUCAAAUUUGCGGUACCAUUUUAUGGAGGUUGAAUAAUAAAUCCGCCAAAGUUCGUCAACAAGCAGCGGAUCUUAUUUCUCGAAUUGCUGUCGUCAUGAAAACAUGUGAAGAGGAAAAAUUAAUGGGACACUUGGGUGUCGUUCUCUACGAAUAUUUAGGUGAAGAAUACCCGGAAGUAUUAGGAAGUAUUUUGGGAGCUCUUAAAGCAAUUGUUAAUGUCAUUGGCAUGACAAAAAUGACUCCACCAAUUAAGGAUUUGCUACCAAGAUUAACGCCUAUUUUGAAAAACAGACACGAAAAGGUACAAGAGAAUUGUAUUGAUUUAGUUGGUAGGAUAGCGGAUCGAGGACCUGAAUAUGUCUCGGCGCGAGAAUGGAUGAGAAUUUGCUUUGAACUCUUGGAAUUAUUGAAAGCACACAAAAAGGCAAUUAGACGAGCCACUGUCAAUACAUUCGGUUAUAUUGCAAAAGCCAUUGGACCUCACGAUGUUUUGGCAACGUUAUUGAAUAAUUUGAAAGUGCAAGAAAGACAAAAUCGUGUGUGCACAACGGUGGCGAUUGCCAUUGUUGCCGAGACGUGCAGUCCAUUCACAGUUUUGCCCGCUUUGAUGAAUGAAUAUCGAGUACCUGAGUUGAAUGUUCAAAAUGGUGUUCUCAAGUCAUUGUCCUUCUUAUUUGAGUACAUUGGCGAAAUGGGAAAAGACUAUAUUUACGCAGUCAGUCCGCUACUCGAGGACGCUCUCAUGGACAGAGAUUUAGUGCAUAGGCAAACGGCGUGUGCAGCAAUUAAACACAUGGCUCUUGGUGUCUAUGGCUUCGGAUGCGAGGACGCAUUAAUACAUUUACUGAAUCAUGUUUGGCCUAAUGUUUUUGAAACGUCGCCACAUUUGGUUCAAGCGUUCAUGGACGCUGUCGAUGGUUUGCGAGUUGCACUCGGUCCAAUAAAAAUACUGCAGUACACACUCCAGGGUUUAUUUCAUCCUGCACGAAAAGUUCGAGAUGUCUAUUGGAAAAUUUACAAUUCUCUCUAUAUCGGAGGACAAGAUGCAUUGGUUGCUGGUUAUCCGCGAAUAAUGAACGAUCCAAAGAAUCAGUAUAUUAGAUACGAGUUGGAUUACGUUUUAUAAAUGAUUAGGAUUUGUACAAUAUUAAAUAAGUUAUUUCAUUUUCCGAAAUUUACAACUAUUUUGUUAUUUUUUUUUAUUUUUCAUAAUAGGUAUAUAAUCCAAUUAUCUAAAGAAAGAAAAAAUGAGAAAAAAUAUUGGCGCACAUUUUCUUUAUAUUUUAACAACAUCGACUUGUUAUACUUUGACCUGAACAUUAAAUACAAAAUGUCAAUAAAAUAACUGAAUAAAUAAAAAUAAAGGAAAGUGAGAAAUAAAA